AUGGUGUUCAUCUUCGGCGUCAACUUCGGCGAGCACAAGCUCGUCAAGAAAGCCCUCGAACGAUUCUACUCCCUCGGCCCCCAAAAGUCCGCCCGCAUCCUCGCACGACACUACAUCCACCCGCGCGCCAAGGUGGGCAGCCUCCAGCCCAAGACAGUCACAGCCCUGACGGCCGAAUUAUCAACCAUGGUACUCGAAAGCGAUGCGAGGAAACUGGUGGUGGAUAAUAUUAAGCGGUUGCGUGAUAUGAAUUCGUACCGUGGCAGGCGGCACGCGAUGAAUUUGCCGGUGCGCGGUCAGAAUACAAGGAACCAGAUCGAGAAUGCUAGGAAGCUUAACAGGGUUGAGCGUGCUGGGUGA